CUCCACAACGGCUCCUCUUCCCGUUUGACUGUGUAACAUACUGCCCUAGUUCUAUACCGGACUUUGUCGACCGUAUCGACAGCUGGAGUCUCGCGGAUCCCAGCGCUGGCUUACCUGGAGUCGGUUAGAGGGGCUGAGCUGCCUGGCGGUUGUGUGACUUCAAUGGUUCAUAGACUAACCGCUCUACAAUGGCGUUGUGGACCGGCCGAGCCGCCUCAUCUUCAUUUUUAGUGCUGGUUGGUCUCCUGGUGCUCGGCAGUGGUCCGUACGUGGUCUCAUCAUGUCCGAGCCGGUGUCUGUGUUUCCGUACCACCGUCAGAUGUAUGCAUUUAAAUCUGGAGACGGUGCCAGCCGUCUCACCUCAGACUACUAUUUUAGACCUGAGGUUUAACAAAAUUAAGGACCUGCAGCCAGGCUCUUUGAAACGACUGAAGAAUCUUACGACACUCCUUUUAAACAACAACCACAUACGAAGAAUCCCAAGAGGAGCCUUUGAAGACUUGGAAAACCUGAAGUAUCUCUAUCUGUACAAGAAUGAAAUCCAGUCAAUAGACCGACAAGCGUUUAAGGGGCUUGUCUCUCUAGAGCAACUGUAUCUCCAUUUCAACAACAUUGAAGCUUUAGAACCUGAAGCCUUCACUCAUUUGCCCAAGCUUGAACGACUGUUUUUGCACAACAAUAGAAUAACACACCUUGUACUGGGGACCUUCUCCCAUCUGCAGUCCAUGAAAAGACUACGUCUGGACUCAAACACACUGAACUGUGACUGUGAGCUACUGUGGCUGGCAGAUCUACUGAAGCAGUAUGCAGAGUCUGGCAACGCCCAGGCAGCCGCCACCUGUGAGUACCCAAGCCGACUGCAGGGACGCUCUGUGGCCACUCUCACUGCGGAGGAGCUCAACUGUGAGAUGCCCCGGAUCACGUCCGAGCCGCAGGAUGUGGACGUGACGUCAGGGAACACAGUGUACUUUACAUGCAGGGCUGAGGGCAACCCCAAGCCCCAGAUCAUCUGGCUGAGGAACAACAAUGCCCUUAACAUGCGAGAUGAUACCCGUCUGAAUCUUCUGGAAGAUGGCACCCUUAUGAUUCAGGACCCGAGGGAGACUGACCAGGGCGUGUAUCAGUGCAUGGCCAAAAAUGUUGCCGGCGAGGUUAAAACUGGAGAAGUCACCUUGCGGUACUUUGGAACUCCAUCUCGGCCCAGUUUUGUGAUUCAGCCGCAGAACACGGAGGUGUUGGUGGGAGAGAGCGUGACUCUGGAGUGCAGCGCUACAGGCCAGCCUCAGCCACGGGUGUCAUGGACCAGAGGAGACCGCAGCCCCUUGCCCAGCGAUGUUCGCAUCAACAUCACCCCCUCAGGGGGUCUCUAUAUCCAGAAUGUUAACCCAGCUGAUGAGGGCCAGUACACCUGCUUCGCCAGCAACAACGUGGACACCAUUCACGCCACUGCAUACAUCAUAGUGCAGGCUGUCCCUCAGUUCACAGUGACCCCUCAGGACCAGUCUGUGCUUGAAGGCCAUACGGUGGACUUCCGUUGUGAGGCCACAGGGUAUCCUCAGCCGGUCAUAGCCUGGACACGCAGCGGUAGUUCUCUCCCAGGUGACAGGCGUCACGUGGUCCUGUCCACUGGCACCCUGCGUAUUUCCCGUGUGGCACCUCAUGACCAGGGCCAGUAUGAGUGCCAGGCUGUCAGCCCUGUUGGCUCUGUUAGAGCAGCUGUGCAACUUAACAUCCAACAAAGAGUAACGCCUGUUUUCACAAAUGCUCCAAGGGACAUGACGGUGGAGUCUGGCACGGAUGUCCAGAUUCCAUGCAGCGCUCAGGGAGAGCCCACACCGGUCAUCACCUGGAACAAGGAUGGUGUUCAGGUGACAGAGAGUGGGAAGUUCCACAUCAGCCCUGAUGGUUAUCUGGAGGUGCAUGAUGUGGGCCUUGCCGAUGGCGGUCGUUAUGAGUGUGUGGCUCGUAACUCCAUUGGCUUCUCAUCAGCUGGCAUGGUGCUAAGUGUGCAAGUGCGUCAGGUCAGCAGGGAGGGCGAUCCAUUUGUCUCCACUUCUAUUGAGGAGGCCAUUCGCAGUGUAGACAGCGCUAUAGACUCCACCAGAAGGCACCUCUUUGACGGCUCCCCCCGGACCCCUGGUGAGCUGCUGGCUUUGUUCAGAUAUCCACGGGACCCUUACACAGUGGGACAGGCCAGAGCCGGCGAGAUCUUUGAGCAAACCCUUCUCCUCAUUCAGAGGCACGUCAACCAGGGUCUGAUGGUGGACACCAAUGGAACAGCUUUCCGCUACAAUGAUCUGGUGUCACCCCACUUCUUGGACAUGAUCGCCAACCUGUCCGGCUGCACAGCACACCGCCGCUUCAACAACUGCUCGGACAUCUGCUUCCACCAGAAGUACCGAAGCCACGACGGCACCUGCAACAACUUGCAGCACCCUAUGUGGGGCGCCUCGCUCACCGCAUUCGAGCGGCUGCUGAAGUCUGUCUACGACAAUGGCUUCAACCUGCCACGCGGGGCCACAGAGAGACACCACAAUGGCUUCCCCUUGCCCCUGCCCCGCCUGGUCUCCACCACCAUGAUAGGUACGGAGACCAUCACUCCAGAUGAUCGAUACACACACAUGCUCAUGCAGUGGGGCCAGUUCCUGGACCAUGACCUUGACUCCACUGUUGUUGCUCUCAGCCAGUCCCGUUUCUCUGAUGGUCAGCUUUGCACCUCAGUGUGUACUAAUGACCCUCCCUGCUUUCCAAUCAUGUUCCCACCCAAUGACCCGCGGCAGAGGCGAGGCGGGGCACGCUGCAUGUUCUUUGUGCGGUCCAGUCCUGUGUGUGGCAGUGGCAUGACCUCGUUGCUCAUGAACUCUGUGUACCCACGUGAACAGAUCAACCAGCUGACAUCUUACAUUGAUGCUUCCAACGUGUACGGGAGCUCACAGCACGAGGCAGAGGAGAUCCGUGACCUGGCAGGCCACCGUGGUCAGCUGCGACAGGGCAUCGUCCAGCGCACUGGGAAAGCCCUGCUGCCCUUUGCCACUGGACCCCCUACUGAAUGCAUGCGGGAUGAGGGUGAAAGCCCUAUCCCUUGCUUCCUGGCUGGAGACCACAGGGCUAAUGAGCAGCUAGGCCUGACCGCUAUGCACACAGUGUGGUUCCGCGAGCACAACCGUAUAGCUGCCGAACUUCUGCGGCUCAACCCGCACUGGGACGGAGACACUAUCUACCAUGAGGCUCGCAAGAUAGUAGGAGCCCAAAUGCAGCACAUCACCUACAGCCACUGGCUGCCAAAAAUACUAGGCGAAGCAGGCCUGAAAAUAAUGGGCGACUACCAAGGCUAUGACCCCAACAUCAAUGCUGGUGUCUUCAACGCCUUUGCCACUGCCGCGUUCCGCUUUGGACACACUCUCAUUAACCCCAUUCUGUAUCGGCUGAAUGAAAAUUUUCAACCCAUCCAACAGGGCCACAUACCUCUACACAAGGCCUUCUUCUCCCCUUUCCGUAUUGUAAACGAGGGAGGCAUCGAUCCUCUACUGCGUGGGCUGUUCGGUGUGGCAGGGAAGAUGAGAGUAACCACUCAGCUGCUCAACACAGAGCUGACAGAGCGUCUCUUCUCAAUGGCCCAUGCUGUGGCCCUGGACCUCGCAGCCAUGAAUGUCCAGCGAGGUCGUGACCACGGUAUCCCCCCCUAUAACGACUACAGAGUGUUCUGCAACCUGACCUCUGCACAGACAUUCAGUGACCUGAGAAAUGAGAUUAGAAACCCCACAGUUCGGGAGAAACUGCAGAGGCUCUAUGGCACACCCCUGAACAUUGAUCUGUUUCCUGCUCUGAUGGUAGAGGACCUUGUUCCUGGCAGCAGACUGGGGCCCACCCUGAUGUGUUUACUGGCCACCCAGUUUAAGCGUGUCAGAGAUGGUGACAGGUUCUGGUAUGAGAACCCUGGCGUCUUUACCCCGGCUCAGUUGACACAGCUGAAGCAGGCAUCUCUCGCCCGGGUGCUGUGUGACAAUGGGGACAACAUCACCCGCAUACAGUCUGACGUCUUUGCUGUGGCAGAGUUCCCUCAUGGUUUUGGAAGUUGUGAUGAUGUGCCUAAGAUGGACCUGCGCAUGUGGCAGGACUGUUGUGAAGACUGCCGCACUAAAGGUCAGUUCAACGCCCUGUCCUACCACUUCCGAGGCCGGAGGUCUGUGGAGCACAGCUAUGCAGAGGAGAAACCUUUUGGAAAGCUUGAGAAUGAUCCCAGCUUUGAAGAUGACAGAACCAUCGUAAAUGUAACUCGCGCACCACAGUCAAGCACUGAACCCUCGCUAAAUGAGUUCCAGGACUUUGUCACGGACAUGCAGAAGACUAUCACUAGUUUACGAAAGCAGAUAAAAAGACUUGAAGCCCGUCUGAGUAAGACAGACUGCACUGAUGAGGAAGGAAGAGAGCGGGGGGAUGGAGAGAGCUGGAAGAAAAACCCCUGCACCACAUGCGAGUGCAGAGAGGCCCAGGUGACGUGUGUUGUGGAGAGAUGUCCCCCAGCAUCGUGUCCAAACCCUGAGACACUGAAAGGUGCUUGUUGUCCUGUGUGCCUCACUCAACCAUCAACACAGCAGGGCAACCAACAUCAUGUAUAACCUCAGGACCCCAGUCAUCCUAGAGAGAGACCCAAUCGAUGCGGCCUGUCGCAUCCAAAUGCCUCGAUUUUAUUUUUUCUAUGUUUUUUUGUUUGUUUGUUUUUUGUUUUUCUCCAUAUCUCCAGGCAUGGCAUCACAUCUGCCCAGAGCAGAGAAGUUGCCACAUUAUCAGCCUUUAAAAUAAAAUGGAUGGAUGAAUGGAUGAGCAGAUGGAUGCAUAGAGGAUGUUCUCUUCCUCCAUCAGGCCUAACCAAAGGGACCAGAGGCAUUCAGAGACCUCCAGAGGUCUUGGCCUGACAGUUACUGCCCUAACGCGUGCACUGAAGAGGAGAGGAUUACAUUGCAAAACAAGCUUGAAGGGAUCCUACAAAGAAACCGAUAUCAGCCAUGUAGUCUCAAAAAAGCGUUCUCAGGUUAGAGAUGCCAGAUUAAUGGUGCUACUCCCCCUACAGUAAUGACACAUACUUAGUUCAUGCAGCCUUAAAAAGUAUUGUUCUGUACCUUUUUUUUAAUGUUUUGUUUUUACACAUUAUGCAAAAAUGUAAUGUACACUCAUGAUGUGCCUUUGGGGCAAGCUCCUGGUUUUAUAAUUACUCAAAAGACGUUUUAUAUGAGAAAUGAUUAGAGUUACUCCAGCUUUUACUAAAUGUUUAUGGUGCUUUUAUCAUUUACUGAAUAUAUGCGUAUUACACAUACCCCCACGUUUGUAUCAACCUCUGUGUGAAGAUAAUGUGAAUAUCUAGGGGAAAAAAAAUUUAAUUGAAGAAAGUCUACUGAUCACCAAGUGUUUCUAGCAGUCAUUGCCAGUCAACAUCUGGUGUUUUUCAUAUUUCCUUGUUUUACCCUGACAAUAAAUGGUUUUAACAGGGACGGAGGUGCGGUAGCUGAGGUAAAGAUCUGUUUGGAGUUACAUCAGGGGUCUUGCAAUGUUCAUAAACACAUUUGUGCUCAGACAUCUUGCUAACUGACCAGUGCAGUAUUUCCAGCCUGUUCCAGAAAGGUAGUCCACUGCCAGCUAUUUCCUUCUCUGUUUGAACAGGCUUUCCAACACUGUUUGAAGACGAAUGUUGACCAUGCAGUGCCUCACCACAGUGCAGUACAAGUCUCAAACUCAUGUGCUGUUGUCGGCAUCAUUUACUGUCUCCAGUUAUUCUUCUUUUCCUCUUCACCCUUAUGCCAUACCUGGUCUUAUGAGAGGCCUGUUACAUUUCCCUGGUUUUCUUUUUUCCUUGUGAUUUCUACCCACCCUUCUUCCUUCCUCCACUUACAGAAUAGUGGGUUAUGUUCAAGUUUGGGCACUUGACAGCACAUGGAUCAGUUCCCACUUUCUUUUCUACCUUCUUUAAUCACAUGUCCUAACCAUAUGUAACAGGACUUGCAGACCUCUCUCAUUUCCAUCUCUCGCCUGCUUUGUUUUGGAUGGUGAGAACAUUUGGCCACGGUCUCCAGAGUUAGCAGGAGGCAUGUGAACAGCGCUGAUGUCAUGUUUGAGAGCAUGAUGCUCUCUGACCUUACUGUCGCUGUAAUCUAAGCCAUAUGGAUAAGAGAGGAGUGGGUGGAGAGAUUUGGAAAAGAUCUCCUUUCUUUGUGUGCUUUUGUGAAACAGAAGAAUAAUACUGUAUAACCCAAAAGAAUAACUGAGAAUCAAAGAAUAACAGGCACAUAAACAGCUCACACUCCUACAGGUGUGCAGUUUUUCUGAUACUGGUAUACCACUUGUGACUGGUGACCACUCUCGCUCUUUGGUUGUUCUUUCUCUGCUUGCUUGCUUUCAUUUCUUUUCUUUUCUUUUGUUUCUUUCUUUCUUUUCUUUUUUUGCUUUCUAAUUGGCCAGCAUGGGAUAUUCUUUGGAAGUUGCAAGUAAUAAAAAUCUGGAUGUUUUUGGACGGUUGUAUUGCUGGCUUCGUGUUACCGAACAGUCCAACAGCUAUUAGUAUUAAUUUUGUGUUUUCCAUGUUUAUGUAUUUGCUCUGUUUUCUCUUUUUUCGACCCCCUCCCCGAGUCUGCUGUUCAUCUGCUGUCCCUGUACACUCAUACUUGGAAAUAUUCUUAGUGUUGAUUUGUCCUUUGGCCCCUCCUCUGUCCUCUCCCCCCAAACUGAGCUCAUUUUCCAAUGCACUGCCCUGCAAGACUGAACAAACUGACGCAAGUGGUCAAAGUGAUUGCCUAGUAUUUUGUAUUGUACUUCUGCCAAAGAUUGUUUGCACUGUAUUGUAUGCCUCUCAACAACAAUAAAUGAACACAUUUGACAAAAAAAU